AUGACUCGCCGUUGCCCAUGGAAGAAGGGACGGCCGGCCGCCACGCCCACGCCCACGCCGCCUCCGGCGUCGUCGUUCGUCCGGGGCGAGCACGAGUUCCGCGUCGUCGGCUACAGCACGGCCGGCGAGACCCACUACUCCAUCCUCUCCGGCGCCUUCCAGGUCGGCGGCCACACCUGGGCCCUCGACUGCAGCUUCGACACAGAAGGGCACCUCGCCUCCGUCUUCCUCGAGCUGCUCACGCCCUACAUCACCCAGGACUUCGUCGUUGCCAAGGCCGGCCUUAGGAUCGAGGACCCCCUCGGCCAGCUCCCGGCCGCCGAGUGGCACAACGAGGAAGCGCACACCUUCACCAUCUGGUCCGGCGAGGAUGGCCACUUGUCCCAGACCGGCAGCAGGAGCUGGAAGUUGUCGGUGCCGGACGAGUUCCGUGGCAAUGAGAGCCGCUACGUACAGGACGACCGGCUCACCAUUGUCUGCACCCUCGAUGUCCUCCAUGGGGAGGAGGAUAACUCUACCAUCGCUGACGAUGUCCAGAAGCUUCUUUUUCUUCCGUCUGAGCCGGAGUUAAAGUCAGAGUCCGACAGGAGCAGGCAUACAUGCAUGUUGCCCGACGUGACGUUCGUGGUGGAGCAGACCGAGAUCCAGGCGCACAGGCUCGUGCUCGCCAUGCGGUCGCCUGUGUUUGCCGCCGAGCUCAUGGGCGACAUGAGAGAGAGCACCACGCGCCGUGUCAGGGUCGACGACAUGCGCGCGUCUACCUUCAGGGCCAUGAUCCGCUUCAUCUACACCGACAGGCUUCCCAUCAAGGCAAAGACGGACGAUAGGGAAGCAUCGGGAAGCCAGCGUGCUUGCAAAGACAAGUGUGCAGCGAAGCGUCGCGUGGCCAUGGCGUGCGACCUGCUCGCGGCCGCGGAUCGCUACGACCUGGAGAAGCUCAGGCUCAUGUGCGAAGAGGUGUUGUAUGAAAGCAUGGAUGCCGCUUCUGUCGUGCCGACCUUGUUGGUGGCACAUGGUCGGUACAACUGUCGGCAACUGGAGGCCUCUUGCAUUGAGUACCUGGCGUCCGAGGCGGCUGUCAGAGCAACAGAUGAGUACAAGCAGCUGGAAGAGAGCUGCAAAUCCUUGGUAGUCGAGGCCAUGAACAAAGUAGGCACGCGUAAAUUAGCCGGCAGCUCCUCCUCCUUGGAUAUCGCCAGCAACCCCCGACGGGCAAAGAAGAUGAGCGUUUCAACUUAUAACACGUCGAAGGUGGUGAGCGGCACACACGAGAUGAGGAUUCCCAACUUUAGUAGCCAACAUGGUGUUGGUAGGACAAUAUACUCCAACACUUUCCAGGUAGAUGGUUGUGACUGGAAGCUAGUGGUAGACCCAGGAUUACGGACUGAAGGGCGUAUCUGCGUGUUCGCUCACCUGUUAACUGAUCCGGGAAUUGCCGGUGUCAGGGCGUAUUUCUGUUUCAGAAUGAGCGACCCUGACGGAAAAUCUGCGCCAACCCAAGGAGAACGUCAAACCAUAUUUACGAGGAAAGCACCAUCAAAGGGGUAUGACUUCACGGACACGAAAUACGCAGAGCAGCAUUACCUAGCACAUGAUGGCUCUCUAACCUUACACUGCAACAUUAUAGUCACCAACAAGACCUGCUGCGUUGCUACUGGUACCGCCUCAUCCGGCGUCGGAGACAUGACGCUUGCGCCGACACCCGACAUUGCUAGGCACCUCAAGGAGCUGCUAGCGAGCCAGAAGGGCUCGGACGUUACAUUCCUUGUCGAAAACAGAGAGAUUCGCGCGCACAAGCUCCUGAUCGCCGCAAGGUCUCCCGUCCUAUACGAGAUGGUUGUGGGGGUGGCCAACAUGGAAGCCGUCGUACCGGUGGACGAUAUGAAGUCUGCGGUCUUUGAAGCCGUGCUGCACUUCAUCUACACCGGCGAGCUUCCUCCUAUGGAAGACUUGGCACUUAUUUCCACUAGCAGCAUCGCCGAGGACAUAAUGGCCGCGGCGUGCAGGUUCAGUCUGGACACGAUGAAGGCCAAAUGCGAGACCUUGCUAGCGGAGUCCAUCAAGAAAGAGAGCGCACGGAGCACGCUAAGGCUGGCACGCCAUCACGGCUGCUCCAAGCUCGAGGAUUACUGCGACCAGUUCGUCUCGUCGCCAUAUGCUAAUAAGCCAAUUCGAUUACGGGGCACUGAAGUGAAAAUAGAAGCGAUCUUCCAAGUUUCAGGAGACAUCCUGAAUUUGGAACCAGCGGAGAAAUUAAAACGCCCUCGCGUCAUCCCCUCCAGGCGACGCAGGGGGCGAACCCUAGCCUCCCCAGUGCCGCCACCCCCCUCCCCUCCCUCCCCGCCUCGUCGCCCCUGGAGGCCACCGCCGGCAAAGGCCGUGCUGCGCCCGUGA